AUGAGGAGAGUGAAAAGGUGCCCACCAUGUCCUAUAACGCUUCCACCACCUCCCCCUCUCCGCGCUCCCCUCCAACACCUCCCUCACCUCCCUCCUCCCCCCCGCCACCCUCCCCUGUCCCCCUUCCCCUUCCCCCCCUCCCGCCUCUUCGGGCCCUUCCCCAACGCCACCACCCCAGGGGUCCCGACGGACGAGAGCAUCGUGGACAACACGGCCUCCACCACGGUGGGGGCGCUCAUCAUCCUGGCCCUGGUCUUCCUCGUGGGCGUCCCCGGCAACCUGUUCAUCAUCUGGAGCAUCCUGGCCCGCGCCCGCAAGCGCUCCGUCACCACCCUCCUCAUCCUCAACCUGGCGCUGGCCGACGGCUCCCUCAUGGCGCUUACCCCCUUCUUCAUCAUCUACCUCGUGAAGAUGAGCUGGGUGUUCGGCAACGUCAUGUGCAAGGUGCUGUUCUACCUGUGUUUGGCCAACAUGUACGCGUCCAUCCAGCUCAUCAUGCUCAUGAGCCUCCACAGGCUGGUGGCUGUGGUGUGGCCGAGGCACGUCAUCGCCCUCGCCAGCCGGAGGCUGGUAUUACUGCGGGUGAUGCUUGUCGUCUGGGUCCUAGUGCUGGCCGCCUCUGUCCCGGCCAUGCUCUUCAGGCAGCAGAAGACAGUGAAUGAGAGCCGCUUUGUGUGUGACUCCUUCCACGACCACCAGGGCCAGGUGGUCCUGCAGUACACCCUGGAGCUGGUGCUGGGAUUUGUAGUCCCCUACAGCGUGAUUGUAGGCAGCUACAUCUGUAUCCUGCGUAAGAUGAGACAGACCAGGUUCCGCCGACGGAUUCGCAGCGAGAAGCUGAUCCUGGCCAUCGUGGUGACCUUCUGCGUCUUCUGGCUCCCGUAUCACUUUAUCAACAUGGUACAGGUCGCUGCAGCUCUCUGUCCAAAGGGUUCCAAUAUACAAUUAAGGCUGGAGCACAUCUGGAAGUCUUUUCGUGCAGUCACCUCCGCCCUGGCGUUCAUCAGCAGCUGUGUCAACCCCAUCCUCUACACCUUUGCCGGCAAGUCCUACAUCCGUCGCAACGGCCUGGCCUUCAUGGCUCGCCUCUUCGAGGGCACCGGGCUGGAUUCCGGCACCAGGAAGAGCCGUCAGAACAGCCAGAACAGCCGGGAGAAGGACCGCGACGCCGAUGGGGUCGGUCUGAAUGAGAGGGAGGCCGAGUCCACGACGAGCCUGGGCUGCCCCGUUAACGUCGGCCCCGUCGUGCUCAAGCAGGAGAAGACCAGGAAGUAAUGGAUUGCGCCGUACAGUUAGCGGACGCAGGCUAAUGCUAAUGCUAGCUCCACUGACGCUAAGAGAACGGAGAAUGGGAGGGUCGAGUGGUAAGAUGAGUGGGCUAAUGCUAAAGCUAAUGCUAAAGCUAGCUCGCCUGUGGUGAAGCUAAGAAUAGGGGGAAAUGACGAGACACAACUGGAGGAUCACCUGAGAGGGUUUUGGAGGGGAGACUGAUGAUGGCUGUGGCAUGGAUGAUUGGAGGAGACCAUAUUUGGAAGCGAACCCACACGGGUAUCUUCCUGCAGUCUACUUUUCAUCCACCAGAGGGUGACAAGGCACUUGCUUUUCACAACAUUUUCAUCAACGUGAUUCUUCCUGGGUGUUUUGGAGAUGGAAGUUGGACAACUUCUUUCUCUGGACACUCUUGUGAAGACAAACUGGCAGAGUGCAGAUACCUGCAUCUAAAAGACGACAUCCAAGAGGAAGAAUGUCAAGUCAAAAUGUUGUUGACCUUGAAAGACUCUAACUGUAACUUCUGCCAUUAUUCAGGAAUUUUGUUUUGAGCUGUCUGGCUGAUGUUUUUUUUUCUUUGUGCAAACAUUUUACUCUUUUUUUCUGUAUUGGAUGUGCUUUUUCUCGCACUAGUUCUGUUGUCGGCUGGUUUACAAACAGCCACAGCAUUUUACGUUACUGAACAAACAGCAAAGACUCAUUUAAAUGCAACC